AUGUCAACACCACCAACAACGACGACAGCAACAACAACGGCAACAACAGCAACAGCAACAGCAACAGCAGUAGUAAUGCCCGCCCAACGUGUUGUCUUGUGGAAGCACUCAGGCAAUUCCACCCCAGUGGCGUCCGGAUGCCGGAGGGUGAGCUGUCUGCCCACCCCCUGCGAGAGACUGGGCCAUAAUCCCAGACGGCCUGCCGGCCCUCUUCCGCGCCCGGCUGCGCCCGGCAUCUGUGCCGGUCCCUCUCCUGGGCCCGACGGGCGGCGGCCCGCCAAAUCAGGCUCCGUGCCCUCCGCCACAGUCGCAGGGUUGCGGCGGCCGACGAGGACGAGGAAGACGAGGAAGACGAGGAAGACGACAACGGCCACGGCCCCGGGCCCGGACCCGUCCAACCCGAAUAUCGGGACAUCGUUGACGAGAUGCGGCGGGCCGGCGACGCUCUUGCCAACGCUCCGACCCCCCUCUGGCUCGCUCUGCAGGCGGCUUUCCGCUAGAUUGGGCUCCGUGUCCUCCGCCGCGUCCGCCGAGGACGACGGCGACGACAACGACGAAGACGACGGCCCCGUCCCCCAAUUACCAUCUUUUGUAAGUCCUGCUAUGUUUUAG